UUCAGCGAAUCCAAAUUCUCGAAACAAAAGGCGUUAGAUUAGCCAGCCAGCCAUUGAAGAAGAAGAAGAAGAAGAAGAAGAGGAGCGAGCGAAGAAGACAUGCUACUGGCUUUGCUGAUCGCCAAUUCGGAGGGUAACAUCCUCGUCGAACGGUUCAAUGGAGUUCCAGCUGAGGAACGUUUGCACUGGCGUUCUUUCUUGGUUAAGCUGGGAGCAGAUAAUCUUAAAGGUGUGAAGAAUGAAGAGCUACUAGUUGCUUGCCACAAAUCAGUUUAUAUUGUUUACACUGUGCUUGGGGAUGUAAGCAUUUUUGCUGUUGGCAAGGAUGAGUAUGAUGAGCUUGCCUUGGCAGAAGCAAUUUUUGUUAUAAAUUCAGCUGUGAAGGAUGUAUGUGGGAAACCUCCAACAGAGCGCCUUUUCCUGGAUAAGUAUGGAAAGAUCUGCCUUUGUUUGGAUGAGAUUGUGUGGAAGGGGUUGCUAGAGAACAUGGACAAGGAUAGAAUCAAAAGGCUCGUAAGGUUGAAACCUCCAACUGAAGUCUGAAGCUGAAUCUCCUCACCCCCUCUUAUCUAUUGAAAGAGGACAGUUGGGUCAAGGCUGUAUCAUUUUUGCAUCUCAUGGUUGGUGUAUUCUGAAACUCCAUGAACUUUUCUGUUCCUAUGUAUGAUUUUCUGGUGUUUAGAAACAGUUAUUGCAAUGCUCUUUUGUGUGUAUUUCUCACUUCAGAACCUGAAUUUGGGUUGACGCUCUAUUUUAAUGUACGUUUCUAUGAAAUACCAUGACUGUAUUGUUUAAGA